AUGAGGGUUGCGGAGUUGGUUCAACAGCCCGGUCGUGACCAUCUUCCGUAUCUCACUCCGUAUCCACAUGGACGGGGUCAAACAUGGUUCAACCGAUCCGGGAACGGGAUCAGCGCAUGGAUCAACCGUAUGAUGUACUCGGCCCUCGACAGUGGACAUCCGACUUUCACUCACUUCCCAACCGACAAGCAGGUUCUGUGGUUUCGUCAGUUUGCGCAAGAGUUCAACUGGAAUUCCGAUGAGACGCUCUUUAUCUAUCACCACUUCGUCCAUAAAGUAAUGGACAACUAUGGGAAGCAGAUCCACGAGUGGAAGAAGAAGUGGGAAAUCAAUAAGGUCCCAAAGUCGAUGAACGAUACGGUCUGGAAGGAGUUGUGUGCGCAUUGGGAUAAGGAGGAGACGAAAGAAACUUCUUCCACCAACUCCACCAACCGCAGGAGCGACCGUAAAGGGAAGGGCAUCUACAAGCAUAACUUGGGUGCUCAAUCUAUUGCCACUCUCGGAGAUCGCAUGGCGGAAGAAAAUGAUGGCGAGCCGGUCGAUGAUCUCGCCCUAAUGAGGAGGGCGUAUACCAACAAGAAGACCGGCCAGAUUGAUGACGGUCUUGUGAGGGACGUGGUCGACCUGGUCCAAACUCAGGUGGUAGACGAAGUGUCUCAGCUUCAAACCGAGGAUGACGCUUCGACGGCUUCGACCAACUUGUCCCGGUUUCGAAUCAACGAAAUCGUUGAAUCCUCGGUUCCAAAGAAGAAGGGACGUUUGUUCGGUUUGGGUCGUCGCACCCGGUCGGUUCCUCCUUCUUCUGCACCACCGCCCUUUGUUGAUCCAGAAGUACUUACGGCUCAGUUGAAGGACAAAGAUGAUCGAAUAUCUUUGUUGGAGACCCAGAUGGCGGCUCAACAGGCGGGCUAUGAGGCACAGAGGAGGCUGAACCAGCAAAUGAUGGAGAUGAUGCAGAGGAUGUACCCGAACGAGGUGUUCCCGGACGUGCCAGACCCGGACAACUCCCUCGGAAAAUUCCGAGGAACGGAUCCCUCGGAAUAUACCGAGGGAACAGUUCCUCGGAAUAAACCGAGGAAAAAGUCCGUCGGUAUACUCCUAUCGAUCGAUGUAUAUAUGUCCAAACACGCAUCGAUCGAUGAACUUCCGAGGAAUUAUCCCGACGAAGUUCUACCUCGGUAUAUUCCGAGGACUUUUCCGACAAACAAGGGAUCCUCGGAAUUUCCUCGGAAAUUUAUUUCCUCGGAAUUCCGUCGGAAAAUUCCGAGGGAUUUCAGAGGAAAAAAGAAAUUCCGAGGAAUUAUUUCCGACGACGUAUUUCGUCGGAAUUGCGUCGGAAUAACGAAAUUCCGACGAAAUUCCGACGAUUUUUUCCCUCAGAAUCCUUGAUGUUUUCUUGUAGUGAUUAAUUAACACAAUCAUCAUCUAAUCUAUUAAAAAAGUACAAAUAAGAAAUAGUCCUAAGAUUUACCAUUUAUUUACAAUAGAAUGCCACUAGAGUAAUUAAUAAACUUACAUUUAAUUAUUCUUUUUUUUUAUUAUUAAUGCAUUUCCUAAAUUGAUUAUUAAUUGCAUUUCCUAAAUCUAAUGUACACUUUUUAAAUUCUAUUAAUGCUUUUCUAAAUUGAGUAUUAACUAUUAACUACCCACAUGAAUAUAGUGUUACUAUAAUAUAUUUACCUUAAUAUAUUAUGCAAUUUUUUAUUUUAAAAUUUUAUGCAAUUUUCAUCAAAAUUUAUUUUAUAUUAUAUUAAAAAAUUCUACAAUUUUUUAGUUUGUCUAAGAUUCUCAGUGAUUUUUGGCUGAAAAUUAUAUAUGUGAUACUUGGAAGUAGAGUAUUUUUUAUUUAUAUGUAAAUAUCUGCCCAAUAAAUUUGUUAUUUUCUAUUAAACUAAGUAAGCAUUGUUUCAUAGAAAAUCCAAAUAAUAAUUUUCCUAAAACGUUAUUUUAUAUAAUUUAGUAAGCUUUGUUUUGAUUAAUAUCAAUUUCAUUGGAAUAUUUUAAUAAUAAUUUUCUUCAAACGUUAAUAUAUCAAGUUCACCUAGGUUUUAAUAAUAAACCCAACUAAAUCAAAUAUGCAGUGAAGUUAGAAACUAUAUUUGAUGUACAAUCACUAGAAGAACAAUCUUUCAAAUAUAAAUUGGGGUUUUCAACAAAAUCAAACAUCUAUUCUAAUGGUUCUAACAAUUUUGGUCAAUUUUAUUGGUUAACACAAAUCUAUUUUGGAAACAACCUGGAUUCAGCUUAGUAAAGAAGUCACGAUUGAACUGAUCCAAUUGGUCGGUUCAGUUUUUAAAACAUUCAAUAUCAAUUUGUUUACUUAAAUAUCUAAGAACAAUAUACUAACACAAUGCAAACAAACCUAAAAACAAUAAUGAAUCUUAAUUUGAUUUUUAAAAAUGAAAAUAAUACCCGUGCGGAUGCACGGGUCAAACUGUAACAAGGAAGCUUUCAAAUGAAUAUUCCUAAGUUUUUUAAGCAAAUAAUUUAUAAAAAAAAUAAUGUUGUAAUAGUUUAAAAUAAAAUAAAAGAAAAUGUACAAAAAUAUUAUUGGCUCCACUAUUUUCGUAUCGAUUACAAUCUACAAAAAUAUUUUUAAAAUAUUAUAUUAUCUAUUAGUAUAUAUGAACUUCAUUAUUUCUCAAAAAGAAGAACUUAACAUUUUUAAAUUAAAAUUGAAUCCACACUAUGCGAAAAAUUUACGAUUAUUAAAAUAUUGAAUCCACAAUAUAUACAAAAACUUUCCUUUUCUGGAUUUUUAUUUAAGUAUAUUGUUUUUUUUAUAAAAUAAACAAAAUAAUUAAUCUUUCCGUAUAUACAUUACUUAAAAUUUUGAAAUUCGACUUUCACGUUAUUUUAUUGUAUUAUUUGGUGUAUAUAAAAUAUGUUUUUAAAAUUUAAAUGUGGUUUAGAUCUAAUUUUACUAAAUAUUAGUAAAAUAUAUUGAAAUGUUAAGAAAAUAUAGAGAUAAUUCUAUGGUGAAAUAAAUUAAAUAAUACAAUUGGUUGUGUGUACUUAUAUAAAAUUUUAUAUACUCACCCAUAUAAGCAAUACACUUCUAUAUCAUGAUAAACUAUGUAUAUCAUCUUAGCGUAUGAUAAUGUAAGUAUUCUUAAGCCUUUAUUCCUAAAUAUAUACAAAUUUAUAUUUAGUUGUGUUGUAACUAAAUCGAGAACCAAAAACAUAGUAUUAAAACAUAACCAAAAACGAAAUCAAACAAAAAGACAAAACAAAAUCGGAUCAAUGUUUAAAAAUAUCUGAACGGUUACCAAAUCAGAACCAAACCAAAAAAUCAAAUGGAUACCAAAAUAUAGUUUAUGUACUUACAAAUAUCAAUUAUUAUUUUUUUCAAAGUAUCAAUUAUUCUAAAAAUACUACCUAUAAACCGAACUAUACAAAAUACCAGAUUAUUUUAUUACUUUCUCUCCGAAUAUUAAAAAUUACUAUGAUUUCCCGAUAUAACUGAAUAACCCAAAUAUUUUUUUACCUGGAGUAUCUAAAUUUAUCCGAGCUAUCUGAUAUCUUAUAUAAAAAUUCAAAUAUUAAUUUUUACCCAAAUUAUUCAAAAUUAUCCAAAACCAAGAAUCAAAUUAGAACCGAAUUGAAAUCAAAAUAUUAGUGGGUUCUUAACAUUAUUAUCCAACCAGAAACUAAUAACCGACAUCCAAAUUCAUAAAUAAUUGUACGGUUCCUAUAUCUCUCGAACCAAAAACCAAUUAAAAAGGAAACCAAAAUAGAACCGAAUUGAAAAAAAAAAUUAAUUUUGAACUACAACCAAAACCAAAUGCCUAGGUCUAAACAUCUAUACUAUAUUAAAAGGGUUAUAUGAGCAUCAGAGAGUGUGUCCACGUAGGACAAUUAAAUCAUCCAAUCACAACAUUUCAUUAAAACACGUCAGAUUAUUGAGUUACGUUUGAGACGGAAGUCUCGAGAUUUACGGCUCUACCUCUUCGUCUUCUUCGCUUGAUACCACAGUGAUUCAGUUUUAUUGAUCCACUUCUGCAUAAUCAAUACUCCACGAUCAAUCAAUUUUUUCUUUAUGAUUUCGUUUUGGUUUUCUCUUUUCCUUCUUUAUAUACUCAUUUUCUUCCUGUGUACAAAUCAAACCCUAGAACUUCUCUAAGCUAAAUCUAUGGCGAUGAAACCAGAUGGGAAAUCCCCUAUCACCUCCAAGGAUCUCAGCCGCCGCUACUUCCACCACCUCAUCUCCGCCGUCGGUUACUGCCACUCACGCAGCGUCUUCCACCGGGAUCUCAAGUUCCACAUCAUCUCGGGGUCUCCCGGUUUCAACCUCUUCGAGAUGUUUUCCGACCGAGUUUAGCGGUUCGUGUCAGGCUGGACGGCGGCGAGGGUUCUACAACAUCGUUCGUAUAGACUUUUGGAUUCUUGCAACGAGAGUUUUUUUCAGGUUUGGAUCACAAUGUUUGGGUUGAAGAAGCCUCUGGAAACACUUUCCAAGCAUCAUAAGCCUUCUUCUUCUGCUUCUGCCUCCAAGUCGAAUCCUUUUGAUUCAGAUGAUGAAUCAGAUGGCAAUAAAAAGCACACCUUGAAAGCCAUCAAACAAGAUCUCCCCUCAACCUUCCCUACCUACUACUAAGAAGAAUCACAGCUUCAACCCUUUUGACGAUGCUGACGAUGAGGAGGAGGUUGAGAAGAGAUUGAAACCUUCUUUCAAGAAUCAUUUCCGUGAAUCAGGAGGCGUGGAGAACCAGACGGUUCAAGAACUUGAGAGUUAUGCUGUGUACAAGUCCGAUGAGACCACCAAGACCGUGCAAGGGUGUUUGAAAGUAGCGCAAGGGAUAAGAUAAGAUGCUACCAGGACUUUGGUUAUGUUGAAUGAGCAAGGAGAGAAAAUCACAAGGACUCACCACAAGGCUGUUGACCUCGAUCAUGAUCUCACUCGGGUAAAAAGAGAUGAGAUUGAGAUUUUUAUAAAUUAUGAGAAACUUAUUGUUAUGUUUUGUGUUUUGGUUUCAGGGUGAGAAACUUCUUGGAAGCCUCGGAAGCAUUUUCUCAAGGACCUGGAAGCCUAAAAAGACUCGGUCUAUAACCGGUCCUGUCAUAACUAGAGGUAUGCCUCUUCUUAAGAAAUGAAUCUCUUUUGCUUUGUUACUUCACCUAACUCCUCCAUUUUUUUUGUUCUUCUGAGAAGGUGAAUCCCCUAAGAGAAGAGUUAACAACUUAGAGACUAGAGAAAAGCUAGGGCUGAACCAGCUACCUAAACCAGAUUCAAGAACCAAUGAACCUCUCCCUGAAUCCGCUGAUGCUUAUCAGAAAAUAGAGGUGUGGAUCUGUGAUCUCAAAUGUUCUGUUUUUGUUUGCCAGUAUAUCUAAGAAUCAUGCUGUGUCUGCUGUAUUAACAGAUAGAGAAAGCAAAGCAGGACGAUGGGCUUGCAGAUCUAAGUGAUCUACUCGGCGAACUCAAGAACAUGGCUAUUGAUAUGGGAACUGAAAUCGAAAGGUUCUCUUUCAUAUCUCUCAACUAUUGUACAUACAUUUUCUCUAUGAGUAUUCCUCGAUGAAACUGAUUUAUAUAAAUGAAAAUAAUCUUUGAUUUAUAUGUAAAUAGACUAUUUCGAAUGUAACAUGUAUUUUUUUCCCUUAAUGGGAGUCAAUAGGAGAAUUCACGUAUCUAAUA